GCGAAGCUGGCUUACAUGUGAAAACAUAAUCUGAUGGAACACGACCUUUACUGAAGUGACAGAAAAAGAAAAAUGCCGGGCGCAGACAAAGAGACAGAUCUCUCCGAGCGCAUUGAGGCUUUCCUGGCAGAGCUGAAGCGGGGCGGGAGCAGGUCCGGAACUCUCCGUGGCUCAGCAGAAACAGCCCGAGAAACGACAGCCUUACUCCGGAGGAUUACGGCACAGGCCCGCUGGAGCAGCGCCGGGGACCUGAUGGAUCUGAUCCGGCGGGAGGGGAAGCGAAUGACAGCCGCCCAACCCUCUGAGACCACAGUGGGUAACAUGGUCCGGAGAGUGCUGAAGAUUAUCCGGGAGGAAUACGCUAGGUCUGGAGGCAGUAACGAGGAGACGGACCAGCAGGAUUCUCUUCACAAACUGUUGACGUCAGGAGGUUCUAAUGACGACAACUUUAAACGGCACUUCCCACACCUUAAAGCCAACGUUAUAGAGGCUAUUAACGAACUGCUCACAGAACUGGAGGGGACGACAGACAACAUAUCGAUGCAGGCUCUGGAGCACAUCCACUCAAACGAGGUCAUAAUGACGAUCGGGCGCUCGCGCACGGUCGAGGCAUUUCUGAAAGACGCCGCGCGCAAACGCAAAUUUCACGUCAUUGUAGCUGAGUGCGCCCCGUUCUGUCAGGGUCAUGAGAUGGCGACCAGUCUCUCUCAAGCUGGAAUUGAGACCACGGUCAUCGCUGACGCGGCCAUAUUUGCGGUGAUGUCACGGGUGAAUAAGGUCAUCAUUGGCACUCAGACAAUACUGGCCAACGGUGGUUUGAGAGCAGUGAACGGAACACACACUCUGGCCUUGGCAGCCAAACACCACUCAACACCACUUAUUGUGUGUGCACCCAUGUUCAAGCUCUCCCCACAGUUUCCAAAUGAAGAGGACACUUUCCACAAGUUUGUUUCCCCACAUGAAGUACUUCCCUUCACAGAAGGUGAGAUCCUGUCCAAGGUCAACGUUCACUGUCCUGUUUUCGACUACGUUCCUCCUGAGCUGAUCACUUUGUUCAUUUCAAACAUCGGCGGAAACGCUCCAUCAUACAUCUACCGUUUAAUGAGUGAAUUAUAUCAUCCCGAAGACCACGAGCUGUAGGAAACAUGAGAAUAAAGCCAAUAUACACA